AUGCCACAGACGCCGUCGACCCGUUGGUGCCCCACGCCGGAGCAGCUGAUGAUCCUGGAGGAAAUGUACCGGAGCGGCGUGCGGACGCCCAACGCGGCGGAGAUCCAGCAGAUCACGGCGCACCUCGCCUACUACGGCCGCAUCGAAGGCAAGAACGUCUUCUACUGGUUCCAGAACCACAAGGCGCGCGAACGACAGCGACUCCGUCGCCGCCUCUGCGCCCGCCACCAGCAGCAACCCUCCUCGCCCGCUGCUCCUCCUCCUCCUUCUUUUAAUACUAGCGCUGCCGGCGCCGGCAAUGCUACUGGUGCUGCCGCGGGCUUGAACGCGAUGCACCCUGCGGUGAUGCAGCUGCACCAUCACCACCACCCAUACGCUACCAGCUGCUUCGUGGCGCCUCAUCAGGGCGCCUACAUGCAGCAGGACACAACAGCAGCAGCAGGAGCUCUUCCAGUUUCAGGGUUGGAGUUUGCAGGCAAGACUAGCCAGCAGCAAGAAUGGACAACGCAGCAACACAUGAUGAUGCAGAACAACAACGUUAACAGUGUAGCAGCUGGAGGCAGCUCCGUCGCUGCCAGUGGUGGUAUGAAUAAUAUGAUUCCGCCACCGUGGCCAUGCUGCCGGCCGCUCAGAACCCUAGAGCUCUUUCCUACGAGGAGCACCGGCGGCAGCCUCAGGGACGAGUGCAGCAGCUCCAAGUCCUCCUCUUGCUCCACCUCCACGAACUAG